UGUAUACUCGCGUAUAUAGUCGUGUUUGUGUCGUCGAACCGAGUUGAUCGCUGAUGAGUGGUUAUGUUCACGUAAAACUAAUCAAAAGUCCAUUUUUCUGUGAAUAUAAAAAUCACAUAUAAGCGACAACAUGAAGAAAGAAAAAACGGGCGAUAACAGUCGACCAUAUAAAUUAGCUCACCAAAUAUUAAGCUUAACAGGAAUAAGCUUUCAAAGGAAAAGCAUUAUUGGUUUCGUCGAAUUGACGAUUAUUCCGCUACGGGACACACUGCGACUAGUAAAACUCAAUGCCAAGCAAUGUAGAAUAUACAGAGUGUGCUUAAAUGACACGUACGAAGCUCCCUUUCAGUACUUUGAUCCAUUUCUGGAUAUUUGUCAAGGAGAUAGUAAACAACGUUCUCUGGAAUUUUUCUCAAACAUGCACCUAGCUGCUGCUCAAAGAGUUGCUCCCGAUAACAACGCUGGGGAGUUAGUUGUUCAGAUACCGCCGGAUGCGGCACACUUAGUUGCAGAAGGCCGAAGCCUGAGAAUUAGCAUUGAAUUUUCUUUGGAACAGCCGCAAGGUGGUGUACAUUUUGUGGUGCCGAACUGUGAAGGCACUCUAGCCGAGAGAGGUGCACACAUGUACACAUAUAGCUACGAAAAUUCAUCCAGACUGUGGUUCCCGUGUGUAGAUAGUUUUGCCGAACCUUGUACUUGGAAGCUAGAAUUUACCGUUGACGAUUCAAUGACUGCAGUUUCCUGUGGCGAUUUGGUGGAAGUUGUCUACACACCCGACAUGCGCAGGAAAACGUUUCACUACGUGCUCAAUAGCCCUGCGUGCGCGCCAAAUAUUGCACUGGCUGUCGGCCCUUUUGAGAUCUUCGUGGAUCCCUACAUGCACGAGGUGACUCAUUUCUGUCUGCCGCAACUUUUGCCAUCCUUAAAAGUGUCGGCAAAAUAUAUGCAUGAGGCAUUUGAAUUUUACGAGGAGACCCUAGCGAAUCGAUACCCAUAUUCGUGUUACAAGCAGGUCUUCGUUGAUGAGAUAGACGAAGACAUCAACGCCUACGCUACUAUGAGCAUCUUAAACACAAAUUUGUUGCACUCUACUGCAAUCAUAGAUCAAGUGUAUAUUACUAAGAAGGCAAUGGCGCAGGCAGUCGCGGAGCAAUUUUUUGGAUGCUUUAUAUCGAUGCAAAAUUGGUCGGAUACAUGGUUGCCCAAAGGUAUUUCCACGUAUCUAACAGGACUGUACGCUAAGAAAUGCUUUGGAAAUAACGAAUAUCGGCAGUGGAUUCAAUCUGAACUGCAAGAAGUCGUGAAGUACGAAGAGCAAUUCGGUGGUAUAAUACUUGACCCAUCUCAAGCACCAGCACCAUUGCCCAUCGCGGCUAAUAUUGUCAACCAAUUGAGAGCCGAUCAGAAUUCGUUUUGA